AUGCAUUCAUAUAUAUUUUUUUUCCUUGCCUGCUAUUCAGCAGUUUAUGGUGGUCCAGUUAAUUUAUUUAUGAAUGUAACGAUCAAUGAUCGACCUGACUUAGUAAUUGUUGAGGGUGAUAUAGCAUUUGAUGCGGGCUCAACAGCACCGCAACUUAUUCCACUCAAAAAUGCUUACAUCGUAUCAUCAAAGUGGACUGGUGGUGUUCUUCCAUACUUAAUCGAGCAAUCACAAUUUACCGCGGCACAAAUUACAACAAUUACAAAUGCAAUGCGUAAAAUUGAACAACAAACAAAUAAUUGUAUUCGUUUUGUGGCACGCACAACUCAACCAACUUGGGUACGUAUUUAUGCCGGUACAGGUUGUUGGUCAUAUAUGGGAAGAACAAAGACAAGCGGUGCACAGGAUCUUUCACUUCAAAAAUCAGGCUGUGUUACUCAAAAUAUUGUUAUACACGAACUAUUACAUGCCGUUGGUUUCGCUCAUGAACAGACUCGACCUGAUCGAGAUCAACAUGUUACUGUUAAUUAUAAUAAUAUUGAAGCUGGUAAAGAAAGUAAUUUUCAACGAUAUCUUACAUCAGAAGUGAACACAUUCAGUAAAGCAUAUGAUAUCGCUUCUAUCAUGCAUUAUAAAUGGAAUGCUUUUUCGAAAAAUGGUCUAGCAACAAUAACUCCAAAAGGAAAUGUUAGCCAAUCAGUUAUGGGCAGUUCAGUACAAAUGACUAAUUUAGAUAUCGAAAAAGUUAAAGCAUAUUAUGGCUGUACUUAA